UAGUUACAAGCAAGUUCCGACGACGGUGUUGCACAGCGUUGCACAACAAACUGAAACUUUUCCUAUCCCAUAUUUUCGUUCGUUCAAAGAGAUUUUUCAUUUGUUCCAGUUAGGACAGGAGUGUGCGGCAAAAAGUUAACCUAAUUUAAUUUAAAUCCCGAUAAAUCCGGUGCGGUAUCUAUUUCGCGGCCUCGACUCGUCAAUUGGUGGAAUUAUCUGAACAGGACCGGCUUUAAUAGAUUUUAUACUACGAUCAUCAGGAGUAACAGAACAUCAUUUGAUAUAGAACAAGAAAUAUUAUCAGAAAGCUAGAAUUCUUAGAUCAAAUCAGCAUGGACACUGGAUUUUCCUAUGACAAUUUUGAAAAGUGUAUAACAGAAAUUGUCAACGUUUCCAACAAACUUUUAGAUGGUUGGAAAAUCGAAUCUAAACAAGACUGUGACGCGAAAUUUAUGACGAAGAAACAUUCCACCUAUUUAGACGGACUUGACGGCUCCAAAACAUUGGUUACAUUCGAGUAUCAUGUAGCUUAUAGUCUUAGUUAUGGAGUUCCAGUGUUGUGCUUCAAUAUUUGGAGACAAGAUGGAACGAUGUUAACAAUAGAAGAAUAUUGGUCACUGAACCAAAGCUUGAAGGACUCUAACAUGCACGAUACUCUGACACAGAUGGACCACCCGGUUUUGUGCAGGCCAUUUUUGACCCUCCACCCUUGCAAAACUUCCGAAUUCUUCCAACCCUUUUUAGAAAACAGCAAAAAUCCAGUGGUGUCGUGGCUGAGCGUCGUGGGUAGUUUCGUGCAUUUACAACUUUUAGAAGACUAUAUAAAGUGUUGUUGAUUUAGGGUUUGAGAAAGAUAAGGCCCAACAAAAGCAUUUCCUCUUUAUAUUUAUUUAGGGUGCUCCCUAACAACAGGUUUCAUUUAAAAGGCUGCGUAUUUAUAGAUUUCUAAGGAUAAAUAUGUAAACUUUCCACUUAUAAACAUAAAUUAUUUGUUUCUGCUUCAUUUAGACCCUCGAAAUUAGUAGUUUCAAUUAUAUAUCUUUAUACUUAUGAGUUUACGAUCAUUCACAAUGUUUAAAAAAUACAAUUAAGUUUAAUAAAUCCUAGCAACAGCUGGCUGUAGUCAGUGGCAUCCAUAGAAAAAGCUUAAUAAUUAGCUACAAAACAAUAAACUUUUGAUUUCUAACGAUAAUUUCUUUUUACGGAUGGUAAUCAAAAGUAUUCAAAAGCUAAAAUGACAUUACUCGGAAAUUUUGAAGCAAAAUUAGUGGAUAAAUUAAAAAGUUUGAUAACGGCAUUCACAGGCAAGAGUUUUCUACCAGCGGCUCUUUCUCAAUAGAAAUAAUGUAUAAGCUUAGCGAGUUCUUGUUCAAAGGCUAAAAUGACAUUACUCGGAAAUUUUGAAGCAAAAUUAGUGGAUAAAGUUAAAAGUUUAUUAACGGCAUUCACAGGCAAGAGUUUUCUACCAGCGGCUCUUUCUCAAUAGAAAUAAUGUAUAAGCUUAGCGAGUUCUUGUUCAAAGGCUAAAAUGACAUUACUCGGAAAUUUUGAAGCAAAAUUAGUGGAUAAAGUUAAAAGUUUGUUAACGGCAUUCACAGGCAAGAGUUUUCUACCAGCGGCUCUUUCUCAAUAGAAAUAAUGUAUAGGCUUAGCGAGUUCUUGUUCAAAGGCUAAAAUGACAUUACUCGGAAAUUUUGAAGCAAAAUUAGUGGAUAAAUUAAAAAGUUUGAUAACGGCAUUCACAGGCAAGAGUUUUCUACCAGCGGCUCUUUCUCAAUAGAAAUAAUCUAUAAGCUUAGCGAGUUCUUGUUCAAAGGCUAAAAUGACAUUACUCGGAAAUUUUUUGAAGCAAAAUUAGUGGAUAAAGUUAAAAGUUUGUUAACGGCAUUCACAGGCAAGAGUUUUCUACCAGCGGCUCUUUCUCAAUAGAAAUAAUGUAUAAGCUUAGCGAGUUCUUGUUCAAAGGCUAAAAUGACAUUACUGGGAAAUUUUGAAGCAAAAUUAGUGGAUAAAGUUAAAAUUUUGUUAACGGCAUUCACAGGCAAGAGUUUCCUACCAGCGGCUCUUUCUCAAUAGGAAUAAUGUAUAAGCUUAGCGAGUUCUUGUUCAAAGGCUAAAAUGACACUACUCGGAAAUUUUGAAGCAAAAUUAGUGGAUAAGGUUAAAAGUUUGUUAACUUUUUCUACUAGUUGAAAAUUACUACCACUAACUUUGGCGUUCAGAAUGCUUACAUUGAAAUUAAAGGAACAAGCUUCUACGUUAAUUGAACCCAAAAAAAUUAUUCUACUAAUUUCGAGGUUCCAAAUGAACCUUAAAGAUUCAUUCAGAACCUCG